AUGGACAAAUCAUCUGCGGCCCGACCUUCCCGUGGUUCUCCCAUUGACCUCUCCAAAGACUUCGACUUCCGCAUGGAAUUCAAUGUCGAAGAAGACGUUGAAGGUGAGCUAGAGCACUUUGUCCGACUUGCACGGCUUGGUCUCGCUAAAAAGGCGCGCGACUACUUUAUUGAAACGCUCUCAUCACAUCUAGGUCUUUUCCCCGUUUUCGCCGAAUACGCAGAGUUCCUUGUGUCGGAAGGCGCCUACGACGAGCUACUUUCCAUCCUGCCAGACUCUCGGUUUGAUUGCGACUUCUCUCGUGCCGAGUACGCUCUAGUCAAGUUACUGAGGGCCUUGAUAAAUGCUAGAGCGGGUCCUGACUCGAGAGAUCCUCUCUACGUCGCUCGGCAAUGGUUUUUCCAUCAGGACAUGUACGACGUCCGUGGCCUUGAUGAGACGACUGUAAACAAGCCCGGAAUCCUUGAUACUGCAUUUGCGCUAAUCUCACUAAAGAUUCAGUGUCUAGAGGUCUGUCUUGCUAUUGACUGCCAGACCGAAUCCCCGAAGGACGCUGGACGCGGUGGCAACAUCCAGCACCAGGUGCCAACGCGCCGUCUGCAUAUUUUGUACAGCCAUUUCAGCUAUGAAGAAAUUAACACGGUAGUCGAUUCCUUGAUCCGAAAAGACAGAUACUGGGAAGCCAGCAAGAUAGUCAAAGUUUUCUUCGAGGCAGCGUCCGGAAGAGAGGCUGAAGAGAUCCACAAUGUCUUCUGCGACGGCAUAGCUCAGGCUGCCGUCAUCGACGCGGACGUCAAGGUGGCAAGGCUGAGUGUCAAUAAUGCAUACCUCAAGUUCCUGGUUCAGCAUAUCGACGUCGACCGAAGCGUGCCAAAUCAAAAAGUAAUAGCAUCGAGGGAUUUGGAGCAAACAAUUGCAAGUGACCUCCGAAAUUUGCUUCAAGACUUCCGCGACUACGGUAGUCGACAUACGGAACAAUUCCUCGACAAUCUCAACCAGAUGUUCGAAAAGUCUCGGUCGGUCCCCCUCGCAGGACUACAAGAGGAACGAGGUGGCCAAGUCUCGUCACGGAAACAUCGCGACAACCGGGUAAAACCCCCGGAGGAUACACCAACGAGUGCUUCGUCCACUUCCGGACUCCUUCGACGAUCCGGGGUCCCUCCGCCGUCAGAACAGGACGACACACAUGGGAAAUACCUGAAGUCGAGAUCUGAGCGUCCUGGACAUGGAUUUUCAGAGUAUGGUAGGCGCUCCGGUGCUAGUGUUUCUGCACAUGAUCGGGGUUCUGGCAAUCUUCCCCGGGGUGCUCCUAGCUCAAAGAUUGUGGAUCCAAAUAUGCGACACAGGAAUUACCCCAAGGCUACCAAUUCCCCGAGAGGCGCCGACCUCCAUCGUCGUCGGAAGGACUCUAGUAUUAAUUCGGUUGACGAUUCCAUCGAGAACCCCACUGGGAGCAUUUCAGAUCGGACAUCUGAUCAAAGCAUUUCAGACUCCAGCAAAAAGAUCGGCAGAUUUGCCGAAUUGUAG